CAUUUAAAAAAUGGUGGCGGCGGCUCACUCUGGUCCCCCACCAAAGGGGCCAACACCGAAGGUAAACACAAGAGCGUCCCCGCCCCCGUGUUGACGCUCCUGGACACCAUACCUGGUGGCGGCUCCCAGAGAUCUUUUACUCCACGAGCCCGGCCUGGGGCCAUCCUGCUGGGCUCCUCUCUCCUCCCAGAUCUCUGGGAGUGUUUCAUUUAGACAUUGUACACUGCAUCAUGUAGCCUUGGCACUCUUGUACUCUGGCAAGACAUCACUAGUGCCCCACUGCUGGAUACCAUCUACUUGUAAAAUACAUUACGGUUCAUACAAAACAAUUAUCAGUGUAUAUAGUGCUUAAACUUUAAAAAUAGGUAUUCAAGUAUUAUCUGUGUCUGUGUUCAGAAUAAGAAACUAUUGGUGUAAUCUAUAUUUAUGUUAAAAUAUAUUUAUACAUAUAUAUAUUUUUAUAACAUGAAAAUGUCUUCAGGAAUUACUGCAAUUCAUUCUUUUACUUUUUGUUUCUCAAAAAAAGGUCUUCUUUAAUUAAAAGUUCAUUCAAAUGACAAAUAAUGCUUAAAUUCAGACUUUUAUAACUUCUUCACUGAAACUUAGUGACCUAGUCCAGUUACCCAUAAUGAAAGUUGUUAUUGGAAAGGAACCGUAUCAGUGUCCCGAGUGUCCAGAAUGCUUCUCAGAUGAGUCUACUUUAAUGAGACAUAUGGCAGUUCAUACAGGAAAGAAAACUUACCGGUGCUUAGAGUGUCUAAAAGACUUUGCAAGAAAAUCUUCCCUUACCAAUCAUAUGAAAAUUCAUGCAGCAGAGAACCAGCAGUGUCCUAUAUGUCAAAAAAUUAUUACAAAGAGAUGUAAUCUUUUAACGCACAUGAGAGUUCAUAGUGGAGAAAAACCAUAUCAGUGCUCAGAAUGUUCAAAGAAUUUUUCAGCAAAAUCCUAUCUGGAUAAGCACAUGAGAGUUCAUUCAGGGGAAAAACCAUUCCAAUGUUCAGAGUGUUUCAAAGGUUUUACAAAUUAUGCUAAUGUGUUAACUCAUAUGAGAAUUCAUACUGGUGAGAAACCAUAUCAGUGCUCAGAAUGCCAUAAAUCAUUUUCACAGAAGGGUAAUCUAGUAAAGCAUAAAAGUAUUCAUACAGGACUAAAACCAUAUUUAUGCUCAGUGUGUAAAAAAGGAUUUACAGUCAAAUCAGUUCUAUUGCAACACAUGAGAGUUCAUACAGGAGAAAAACCAUAUCAGUGUACAGAGUGUCUCAAAGAAUUUUCAGAAAGGUCUGUUCUUUUGAAACAUAUGAGAGUUCAUACAGGGGAAAAACCGUAUUCAUGUUUAGAGUGUUUAAAAUGCUUUUCACAAAAAUCUACUUUAGAUAACCAUGUUAAAGUUCAUACAGGAGAAAAACCACAUUCAUGUUCAGUUUGUCAAAAGGGCUUCUCCAAAAAGAGUUCUCUAGCUUCUCAUAUGAGAGUUCACACAGGAGAGAAACCAUACAAAUGUUCAAUUUGUACAAGAUACUUCUCAGAGAAAUCUUCUUUAAUAAAACAUAAGAGGCUUCAUUCUGGAGAGAAGCCAUAUCAAUGUUCAGUGUGUCUAAAAAUGUUUUCAGAGACAUCUGGUCUCUCUAAACAUAUGAAAGUUCAUACGGGAGAGAAACCAUUCAAGUGUUCAGAGUGUCUGAAGAGCUUUUCAGGAAAAUCUAAUUUAAUAAAACAUAUGAGAGUUCAUACAGGAGAGAAACCCUUUCAGUGUUCAGUGUGUGCUAAAGAAUUUUCUGAAAAAUCUGCACUAUUGAAACAUGUGCGAACUCAUACAGGAGAGAAACCCUACAAAUGUACAGUGUGUAUUAAAGAAUUUUCACUUCAAUCUAGUUUAGUAAUACACAUGAGAACUCAUACAGGCGAUAAACCAUAUAAGUGUUCAAUGUGUCCCAAAGCAUUUCCAGACAAAUCUGCUCUAUCCAAACAUAUGAGAGUACAUACAGGAGAAAAAUUAUAUCAGUGUUCAGAGUGUCUUAGAGCCUUCUCAAAAAAAUCCACUCUAUUACGACAUAAGAGAGUUAAUUCAGGACAGAAUUCACAUCAGUGUUCUGAAAUUAUUAUGUAAUUAGGUAUUCCCAAUAGGGAUACCUUAUUCAUUUUGUGACAAUUAAUAUUUGUUUAUAAAUGAGUUUCCCUGAUUUGCAAUGAUUGGGAUCUAGAGCCAUUAUGGGUCAUUGAUAAUUUAUGAUUAUCAAUGUAUCCUCCCCGUAUUCUGGUCGGGGAGGAUUUACUGGGCGCAAAUGCCUAACUGUAGACUCUGUUUAACUCAACAGUAAAAUGGGUACUGUACUUGGUUGUAAAAACGAUUCUUCGUGGGGGUCGUAUUCCAAGGAACAUAGGAGUAAGGACUUGCCCGAAAUGCUACGAGUACUAGUGGCUGUACAAGAAUGUAAAAACUCUUGUAUAUAUAAACGAGAUAUCACACCAUACUUUACAGUUCAAUAUGAUACGACUGAACUCGCACUGUGUACAUUGCAGUGCUGUGUAGCAUGUUAUAUAUUAUCAUUAUAAAUUCAGACUGCACUCAAAAUACAAACAAGUGCACUUUAUACUCUGUACAGUAUACAUGAAAUUCACUUUGUAAAAUACUGUUCAGUUAAUAUAAUAAAAUCAUUUAAACGUAUACUUACAAAGAAAAAAGAUGCACCCCUUUUGCCAGUUCCAGAUGAAUUUUGAAAUUGUUAGUAGUAUUACAUGGAGUGUGAAAUGAAGGCUUAUUGAAAGGUAGGAAAUGGAUAGCUGUUUUAAGUAGGAGCCCCCUAUUUGAGUAUUGUAGUGAUUUAUGGUUGUGAAGGCCUUCUCUGUAUUUCAUAUGGUGUACUUCUUCUGCCGAGAUUUGUGUAAUGGUUGACCUUGCCAAUGAGUCUUCUUCCUCUGCAUGCUAGCUGUUCUACACCUGAUACCACAAUUCCCACUUACUCUUAAAAACUUGUAUAGAACACUGACUCUGCACCAGCCCAGGAACAUCCCUGUAUGUAAUGCUCUGACAUCUCCCUGAUCACCUUGUAGAACCUCUUUCACUGCCACUUUUGUGGUGGCUUCAUUCCACAUAUCACCAAGUGUGAUGAUUACUUUAAAACAACUAGUGAGAAACUGCUUAAAAUAUUAAAGGUCUUGUGUUUCCAUUGUCAACAAAGAAAGAGCACAAAGUCCUCAUCAAUGUUGUCUUUGUUACAUAAAAUCAGACAAACAUGGAUACAUUUUUUUACAAUCUAUUUAGGCCAACGAACAUGGAUAAAUACUUUAAUUAAGACCACUGGGAUGAGGCUGUUAGAGAGGAGUUAAAAUUGGCAUGGAAUUCAUACAAUACAUAGGCACCAAUGUCAUUUUCCAAUCCAACAUUUUAGCACAUGAAGUAUUGAAAUGCAGUCUGAAAAUCAGGUAGACCACCUUGCUACAAUUUAACAUAAUAGUAAUGCUUCAGUUAUAAUCUCAUAAUAUAUGAGAUUAAACUCUUGCAUAGGAAUGAUCAUCAUUUUUCACAUUACUUCGGUUGGAGAUAGCCCUAAAGGAUUGUCAUGACUAUAAAGAUAUUUUAGAAUGCUA